AUGACGGAGAAAUUAUGGAAACCUCUUGCGCCUUUUCUUGAAUCUUAUGAUCAACAGAUAGCUUUGAUCAUCUUGAAUCAGCCUCUCCAACCACAGAUCAAAGUGUUCAAGACUUUAUGGAAAAAUGCUGCAUUCAAAGCCUUUGUGGAUGGUGGUGCUAAUCAGGUUUACGCCAGUGGAGAUCCAUCCUCUUACAUUCCAGAUUUAAUUUCUGGAGACUUUGAUUCCAUCAAAGCUGAAGUACUUGAUUAUUACAAAGAAAAGAAUGUUGAAAUCAUAGAAACUCAAGAUCAAAAUUACACUGACUUCACAAAAUGUUUAAAAAUAGUUUUUAACAAGAUUAAGUCACUUGAGAUCGAACGAAUUAUUGUCCUUGGAGGUUUAGGAGGCCGCUUCGAUCACCAGUCGAGCAACAUCAACACUUUAUAUAAAAUAAGGGAUUGGAAAGCUGAUGCUAAUAUCCAAAUUUAUUUAAUAUCCCAGGCAUCUGUUGUGUUUCUCUUGUUUAAGGGUAAGAAUACCAUUGAAAUAAAUACUGGCUUUGAGGAUGAAAUAUGUGGUUUAAUACCAAUUGGUGGUUUGUGUGAACAUGUGACAACAUCUGGUCUCAAAUAUAAUUUGGAUGGUCAACAACUGGAGUUUGGACAUCUUAUCAGUACUAGCAACACGUAUGAUGGAUCAAAGAAACCAGUUUUUGUUGAUACCAACAAAUCUUUAUUGUGGACCAUGGAAAUGAAAUAUUGA